AUGAAGGGACGGCGAGUUCCCAUCCGAGGCAUAGUGCCGCUUGUACUCUGCGCAAGCGCAGCCGCCAGGAUGCCUCUAGCGGGGAAAAUGGCCUUCGCAAACCAAGCCAUGUUCUCCUCCUGCUGCAGCAGGAAAGGACGGGCGACAUCAAGAGCGAGUUGCAGUAGCAGCAGCGUGUUGUAUUGUUCCUCUUCAUCCGCUGCUGCUGCUGACGAGAACCUCGACGCGGCCGUCAAAGCCGCCGUUGGCGCCCUCCCCAGUAGACCACGAGUUGCUGUUGUGGGGGGUGGUUUCGCGGGCCUGGCUGCUGCUUACCACUUGGCUGCGUUCGGGUCGGACGUGACUGUCUUCGACCCCCACGAGGCUGGCACUGGCAGCGGCGCGAGCACUGUGGCUGCCGGCCUGCUGCACCCGUUGACACCGCGAGGGAAGCUCAUCUGGAAAGGAGAGGAGGGCUUCGAGGCUGCCAAGCAUCUCAUUCAAACUGUUAACGAUAAGCUUGUCCAUGACGCCGCCGUCGCCGCCGGCGAUGACGCGGCGCCAGCCAACGGACCACGGGGGUGCUUGACAACAGACAGCGUCUACCGGCCGCUGAUGGACGAGAAGCAGGUCGACCUCUUCACCAAGGCCGCCGAGGACUUGCCGCAGUGGGUGGAGUCGCUAACGCGAGAGGAGAUAAUGGAGGCCGUCCCGGGGUCGACGCCCGAGUGUCUGGGGGGAGUUCGCAUACGGGGCGCGUUGGCGGUCGACGCGCCGACGUACCUCAAGGGUCUCUGGUCUGCCUGCCGCGCGCUCGUCAACGCAGCAGACGUGGACAGAAACGCUAACGGCGACACCAGCGGGGGCGAUAACGGUGCCUCCUCGUCGCCGUCGCGGAAAGAGGGGGCUACGUGGGUUCGACAAAGCGUGGAGGACGUCCACGCGUUGGCCGCCUCGGGGGAGUUCAACGCCGUGGUGGCGUGCGUCGGGGCCGGGGUGAGGGCGCUCGCCGGGGUGAAGGACAUCGUCAGCCUCCGGCUGGUGCGCGGACAGACCCUGCUGUACGACAACGUGGGGGCGGCGAGGGCGGCGGAGCCGGGGGGGGAAGGGGCUGCUGAGAAGGGUGGCGGUAGCAGCAGCAGCAGCAGCAGCAGCAGCGGGAGCGGCGGCAGCGAUAGGCUGUUGCAGAGUGCGGUUCUGUGCGGGCAGUAUGUUGUGCCGACCACGGUGGACGAGACGGGAGGGGGCAACGGGGGCAAGAUCUUGCUGGGGUCGACGCAGGAGCCCUUCAUGCCCGGACAGAAGGUGGACAGGCCGCCGGACAUGGCCAAGGCCCUCCGACAGCUGAGGCCAAAAGUCGCCCGGUUUUUCCCGGCUCUUGAAGGGGUGACGCCGAUUGGAUGCACCGCCGGGGUACGAGUGAUGCAAGAGCGCAGCAGCUACGGGCGCAUCCCGGUCGCCGGUCGGCUCCCGUUCUCCAAGCGGGGGUGGGUGAUCGCCGCGCUAGGAGCGCGGGGCUUGAUCCACCACGCCUACCUGGGGAAGCUCGUCGCGGCUUGCGCGUUGCUGGAUUCCGACGACCACCUGCCGCCGCAGGUGGUGGCUCCGCUCGAAGAUCUCGGCAAGGACGCGACGGGAGACCUGUGAUGUAAAGAAUCAGUGUGUGCUUUGUGGCCAGCACACGGGAAGAGUGCAGUAUUUCGUGACCGGAAGAGAGGUGUGCAUAGCAACCAGGUUGGUUUACCAAUCUGCAAGUUGAUUUAUGUGCCCGAUACACGUGGGCCAGCACAGGAGAAGAGUGCAGGCCGAGAGAGAUGUAGACUAGUUGUUCAGAGCAUAGCGACCAGGUUGGUUUACCCUUUGAAAGCGCAAGGCGUGUGUGUUCACCGGUGGAAAAUUUUGGUGCGAGAGGGCACGUGGGACAGCAGUGAAACCCUCCAGUCCUCCCUCGAGUGGCUUUUCUCCCAGGGAAGGGAAACAUGAACACUGGGGAACAUUUUUUGAAGUCGAAGACAUCAUUUAAACGUUGUGUUGGUCGUGGAGGUAAGGAUGGUAAGGAUGCCGUGGUUUCUUAACGCAAAUGAGAGUAGAACCGUUCGGGAGACGCAUCCGAAUCAUGGAGACCCCGAAGAGUAAUGGAGGGAACAGCAUUGAUAGUAACGGGACCUCCACGAAGCUGCUCGUUUGUUGAUGGCUUUGGAGACGUUUGGCCGUUAACUAAGAACGUCGACAACUAGCUCAACAUCCGUGUCACGAAGAACCAAUCCGGGUCAAUCCCCGUAGAAGUUACGAUCGGCUGCAGGCUUGUGUGGGCCACGGUAGGUAUCGAAGAACGACGGGAAAGGGAAGAGGCCGUGGGUUCUCAGAAGCGCAAUAAAGCUAGGAGUGAGAUAGAUCACAGAAAAUAAUCUGGGGACGAAUUCGCAAGGGUGGGCAUCGGAGGCCAAGUAAGGGGACAGGCAUGUGUGGUAGAUGACAGUCAUCUGCUCGCGUCAAGCCCCAGCGUGCGCAACGAAUAGACGACAAUCACACGGGGGGGCAGGUGGCGUGUUGAGGCAACCCGCCGUUGCAUUGGACCUGUGAUGAUGUGAUUAUGCGAGUGCGUUUUCUGGUCUCAAAAAUGCUCUCAUGCUUAACCGUUGUGCGUUCUUGUUCAAAGCAAGUAGUUUGCAAGCUAAAAGUUCAAGCGAAAGAGCACGCUUGUUGUGAAUGAA